GCUUACACGAACGAGGGGGGCAACGUUUGCGUACUGGUAGAGUUGUUUUUUUGGCUUCCUGCUGGCGCUGCGCGCAGCAGUCACGGAAUUAGCCGUCCUCGCUUCUGCUGCGUUGCACACAACGAUAGAGCCUCGAUCAGCGCGCUGUGACUACCCGGAUUCACGCUUCAACUGACUGCUCCGGAAACUGGUGCGCGCGUGUGUGUACGACGCAGGCCACGCUCACCCCGCAACACGUGCUUUCCAAGCCCGGAGGAGCCCUUGCCGCAAGCGUCGCCCGGCGCCGGUUGCAACAAAGGCAAUUGGUUAAAGUUAGCUAUAGAGGCUGGUUUUGCGCGCUUCGUUCUCACAGGAUCCCAGAGACCUCGGCCGGACUGACGCGUUACUGCGACCCAGUGUCGGCUCAGAGCUGACAACAGAGAGCCAGACGUCGAGCAUGGGCUCUCUCGAACACCUGACCAUUGCUCUGACGGUCCUGGUCGCUUCUGGAAUGAGGAGUUACGCAGAAGCUGCUGCUAUGCCGGAUGAACAAGGUCGCCAAGACGGCCAGAGCGGCACCGCCAGCACCGCCACCAAUGGCCGUGGCCCCGGCAACCCGUUUGGCUUCCUCGGCGGCGUCGUGAGCGAUACCCAGGGCAACCCAGAGAAAGUGUACAACUUCGUGUACGGAAGUGCCAACUCAGUGCAGGAGGUGGCGCGCCUGUACGCACUCAUGUCCAUACCAGUGUUUCAGCAACAGCCAACAACUCCCACGAAGCCUGCGACGACAUCGACAAUGAUGACACCGACAACGAGAACGUCACCAACGUCGUCGCUGACGACAGCUACCGCUAGGUUGACAACGACCCCUUCUAUGAUUACGAACGCGUCACAGGAGACUGGAACGGCGUCAACGGAAACGGAGGGCUCGUCCGAAGUCGUUGGCAGCUCUAGUACGUCCACUACUACUCGCGAAAUGGAAUCGACGCCACUGGAAUCCGGAGCAACUGUCGCAACCACUGAAACAGCUGUGUUGACCACAACUCAGACACCCGCAGCAUCGCAGGCGACGAGCACAUAUAUUUCAGUAAUGGCCACUUCAACAGAAAUCCCGGAGAGAACUACUUUUGUAACGAACGGAAGGGAAACGUCUACCAGCGAAGAGACUGCAGACUGGUCUAUGUCGACCACACCGGCUGGAGAAGGCACUCACCCUGCGGUUACGGAAAGCUUAGCAACUGAGUCAACACGCACUACCGAGUCAGACCUAGAAUGGACCCGUACAGUAGACCCUAGCGCAGGAACAACGCUAACCAGUAGAGAUAUAAGCACGGUUUUCACUGAGAGCACUUCAGAAGUGUUUAUUACCGAGUCAACCACCAUGAGCACGCGUGAAAACUCUGCUGAACCGCAAUCCACAAUUACGACAGAAUUAGUUUCGUGGAACGAAAUAACUACCGACACGGGCCAGACGUCACCCUCGAACACAGCACAAAAUACGGAGGAGACGACUGAGGUCACAGAAACAGGAAAUACGGACACAACUUCGGAGGCCCCGACAGAUGACCCACUUACUGAGUCGACGAUUUACUCGGCAACAAGUCAGUUGACGGAUGUAACGCCAACUGAAACUGACACGAUGACUCAGUCAACCGCAGAACAGUUGGGGACCACGACUGAGUCUCAGACGGCAGCGCCGUCGUCGCCUGCCGCUUUUACCGAGUUCGAUACGGAAACCCCACUUACGGAAACAUCGGUUCAAUCGACAACGGAACAUUCGUGGAGCAUGUUUAGUACGAAUGAACCAGAUACAACAUCUGCGUUGAUCACCAUUCCUUCUACAGAUUCUAAUUCGGACGACCCGCGUACAGAAGCGAUGCAGUCCACCACAGAACAGUUAGCGAGCACGGCUGACUCUGAGACGACGUCCGCGUUGUCUACUGUUUCUACACAGUCCGACACGGACAGCCCACUUACAGAAACAUCAGUACAAACCACAACAGAGUAUUUGUUUAGCACGACUGGUACGAAUGAGCCAGAUACAACGUCAUCAUCGGUCACCGUUCCCACUGCCGAUACCGAUACGGACGACCCGCUUACAGAAACGGUUCAGUCGACAACGGAAGCGUAUGAGACAGUGACAAGUACAAGUUACCCCGAUGAAACGCCCACUACGGAUUCCAGUACAGAUUUCCCAACGGAAACGAUGCCAGUAACCACAGACAACACAUAUCCGACUACGGAAUCCACGAUGCACACUUUUUCGAACGAACCGUAUACAACUGACAGCAGCACGACGCUUGGUGACGUAAGUACUUUGGAAUCGAUCACUACCGUUGAUUAUACCGAGUCAACUACUAUGUCCACGCUUGAAGUAUCUGACUAUACAGACACCGACCCUACAGCACAUCUGGGAACAACAGGUACUACUUCUAUGACUGAAAAGACGGGAUCAGAAUAUACGACGGAUUUUACAGUCACCGAGGCAACUACCGAAUUAAACGUAGAGGUCACAGCUGGUUCGACAACCGAUGAUAGUGAAACAGAUGCUUACGACAUAACUACGGAAAGUCACACUGCCACAUAUACUACUGAAGGUUCCAGCACAGAAUACACGCCACCCUAUACGAGACAGUACAGCAUGACCAUAGAUUUCACAACGUUCAUAACGGAGUCCACACCCACCGAAGGAGAGCCGACGGAGACCAGUACCGCCAGUUUCACAAACGCGGAAACGUCUUGGACAAAAUCAGAAGUUUCAACCGAGUCAUCAGAGGUCACGACAGAUUACUCCGUGAGCGUCAUUAACACGGAUAUGACUGAAACUUCCAAGCAACACGAAAGUACGAUGGAAUCCACGCAGUCUAGUGCGUGGCCUACAUCUGAGAGGCAUGUUACAUGGAACGCCACUGACGGUGGGAUGACGAGCGACGCUGCGAUCACAACACAAGAGAGCUCGCCAACGGGAGAUGAAAGCACCAGCAACACACUCACAGUUAGCGAGGUUACAGAUUCAUGGUCACAAGUAUCUUCAUCGCCUUACUCGUCUACGUUGACAAGCGCCGACACGCAGAGCACGACAGAAAAUGAACGAUAUGAAAGCACGAGCGUCUCAUCGACAACCUUCGAAUCAUCCACCCUUACUUCCAGCGUCGCAAGUGAAAUUCCAGCGACUGAGUCGUCGUCAACAGAAAAUUCCUUAAAUCUUACAACAUUUUCGCAUUUCACAGCCACCACCAAUCAUGAAGGACAAACAGAAAGUAAUUUCACUGGAACAAAUGAUGUGACAGAAAAAUAUACCGAAACAAAAACCGCCAGGGCGGAUACGCCCACUACACCGCAGAACGAGUUGAGCACUACCACGCACGAACAAAGUUUCAGCACAAUGGUUACUGGAGGUCAAGAAACAAGCGGAACGACGUCCACUACAGUUGGCCCAGAGAGCAACCUGACAUCAACGCCAACCUCGGGAAAUAUUCCUUUUACUGACGAAGGCAUAGGUGGCCAACUGAUUUCUCGUGGAGGCAGCACGCCGAGCCUACCGCCCUUCACGGACGUUGGAAUUGGGGGCACUUUAAUUAUCUAUCCUAGAGGAUCACCAACAAUGUCAUCCGAAAGUUUGGCUUACACUGAUGAAGGUAUCAAGGGUGGCCUCGUAGACCCUAGGUUAAUGUCCCAGUUCACAAGUUGAAUUAAUACGCAACACUGUGCACUGCAUAGGUACGUAUAUAUACAAUCAAUUUAGUUCUUAGUCGUGACACAGGAUGCCUGAAAACAUGAUAUUUAGCGGUCAGCGCACACAAAAUUUUUAGGUGCGAAGACGUUUGCAUUUGCUUCAAUUGCACUGCUGUUUGUUUACGUAGGUAACAACUUGGCUGCUGGCGGACCUUCGGUGAGCUCUCCAUUUGGGCAC